AUGGCAGAGAUUGUGAUGCGCGAAGAUGUGGAUGAGACAGAAAAGAAUUUUAGUGGCAUCUCCUACCCGCACGCCCACUCCCACCAACACUCCCAGUCCACUCACAGUCCCACUCUAAAACCCAUUCCCACUCCCACUCCUUCACCCACUCCCAGUCCCACUCCAACACCCAUUCCCAGUCCCACUCCAAUACCCAUUCCCAGUCCCACUCCAACACCCAUUCCCACUCCCACUCCUUCACCCACUCCCAGUCCCACUCCAACACCCAUUCCCACUCCCACUCCUUCACCCACUCCCAGUCCCACUCCAACACCCAUUCCCACUCCCACUCCUUCACCCACUCCCAGUCCCACUCCAACACCCAUUCCCACUCCCACUCCUUCACCCACUCCCAGUCCCACUCCAACACCCAUUCCCACUCCCACUCCUUCACCCACUCCCAGUCCCACUCCAACACCCAUUCCCACUCCCACUCUAUCACCCACUCCCAGUCCCACUCCAACACCCAUUCCCAGUCCCACUCCAAUACCCAUUCCCAGUCCCACUCCAACACCCAUUCCCACUCCCACUCCAUCACCCACUCCCAGUCCGACUCCAAAACCCAUUCCCACUCCCACUCCUUCACCCACUCCCAGUCCCACUCCAACACCCAUUCCCACUCCCACUCCUUCACCCACUCCCAGUCCCACUCCAACACCCAUUCCCACUCCCACUCCUUCACCCACUCCCAGUCCCACUCCAACACCCAUUCCCACUCCCACUCCUUCACCCACUCCCAGUCCCACUCCAACACCCAUUCCCACUCCCACUCCUUCACCCACUCCCAGUCCCACUCCAACACCCAUUCCCACUCCCACUCCUUCACCCACUCCCAGUCCCACUCCAACACCCAUUCCCACUCCCACUCCUUCACCCACUCCCAGUCCCACUCCAACACCCAUUCCCACUCCCACUCCUUCACCCACUCCCAGUCCCACUCCAACACCCAUUCCCACUCCCACUCCUUCACCCACUCCCAGUCCCACUCCAACACCCAUUCCCACUCCCACUCCUUCACCCACUCCCAGUCCCACUCCAACACCCAUUCCCACUCCCACUCCUUCACCCACUCCCAAUCCCACUCCAACACCCAUUCCCACUCCCACUCUAUCACCCACUCCCAGUCCCACUCCAACCCCCACUCCUCCCUAA